CGAAUGUUGUAUUCGACCAUAAAUGUCUCGAUCUUCACACACAAUAAAAGCUAUUUAUCGAACAGGGUGCACAAGAUUUUAGAGGAUGAGGUUACUUCCUGCUGAGAUCAACUCUCCUCAUGGGGGUGCCUGUGAUGAUGAGACAGCCGGGCAGUAUGGGGGAUGACUGAAGUCACACGACAGACAACACUGACAGUAUGGAAGGCACUUCUGUCAUCAUGAACGAAACUGAUGAAACAGACAGGGCUCGUAUCAAUUACGAUUGUUCUGAAGAUGGCGAGAACUUUACUGCCAUUACAUCCAAUGAUGACAGUGUUGUGGUAACAAGAAAUAAAUCAGACUGCUCAGAUUCUGAGAUGAAGUCUGAGUCUAACGAUUGCUUAUCAAUACCAUCAGGUGAACCUGCUGAACUGAGCAUUGAAUCAAAACCUUGCCAAAGACACAAAGUUAAGUCCAGUACCCAGCAGAUCGAGCGAGUACUAUUUAUGUGUGGUGACUGUAACAUAUCCUUCCCUGGUUUCAGAGCCUUGCAGAAACACAUGAACAUCCAUCCCAAGAAAGAGCGUGUAUACAAAUGUGGUAUAUGUGCAAAAGUCCUGCAUUCCGCUCAGUACCUAAAGAUUCAUCUAAGGGUACAUACAGGUGAAAAACCCUUCACAUGUGAGAUCUGUGAUCGUACGUUUGGUCACCGAUCAAACCUAAAAGCUCAUCGGAAGAGCCACACAGGGGGAGACAACCUGGAAUGUGAUGUGUGUGGAAAACAUUUCGCUCUCAGUUGGCGCCUCAAGGUUCAUAAGAAGAUCCACAUGGUAGAGAAGGAAUUUAUCUGCGGAAUCUGUGGCAAGGGGUUCGUUGACAAGACGGAGUUAAAGCGGCAUAUGUGUGUUCAUGCAGAUAAGACAGAUCAUCAGUGUGAGCUUUGUGGGAAGUAUUUUAGUCGAGACCAUGCUUUGAAGAUGCACCUGAAAAUCCACACCGAUGAAAGACCUUUCCAGUGCAAUGUUUGUGAAAAAUGGUUUCGGACACCGACCCACCUGAAAACUCAUCAGCUUAUACACUCCGGGGAGCGGUCACACAAGUGUGAGUACUGUGGUCGAGCAUUUGUCUGUCCAUCUCACCUUCAAAGGCAUGUGAAGAACCACACUGGGGAGAAGACCCAUACGUGUUCCGAAUGUGGUCGGCAGUUCACUAGAUCAGACCACCUUCAACGACAUAUGGUGACACACACUGGGAAACGUGAUUUUAAAUGUGUGCAAUGUGGAAAGGAGUUCAUUGACAGAUCAGAUUUGAAUUAUCACACAAAUAAAGUACAUGCAGGUGGAAAAGAUUAUUCCUGUGAUCUGUGUGGUAAAGUUAUGUCAGGCGCACAAGCUCUCAAGAAACAUGUGGAAGCACAUUAUGGCUCUAAGCAGUUUAAGUGUGACCUCUGUGGAAAGGAAUAUGCCGCAGCGGUUUCAUUGAAAAAUCAUAUGAUUGCCCAUACAGGAUUCAUCCCAUUUAAGUGUGACGUGUGUGGGCGUUGUUUUACAGAACCAGCUCGUCUAAAUCGCCAUAUGAUAAUCCACACAGGGAAUACACCAUUCAAAUGUGGAGUUUGUGGGAAGGGUUGUUCUGACAAGUCGAACCUACAGAAGCACAUGAUUCUCCACACCGACCAGGUAUUCAGCUGUGCCCUUUGUCAGAGAGAGUUCAAGGGGUCACACGGCCUGAACGCCACAUGCGAACUGUCCACAAGGAACAGUACCAAAAACAGAUCGAAGAACAAACGGAAAGACUGAA